CGAUCGAACUGGCAACGCGCUCAUUCGUAUUUCAAAACUGAAGUUCGAUUGACAUGACGCACAGCCAAUUUGUGGAUGUAAACAAAUCUGUUGAUGCUUUGUGAACUGUGAAAGUUGAUAAUAAGUGUAAGGAUAGAAAGUGUUGUUGAAUUAGUGCAAGAUGACGUCACGCUCGAAGGAAAAGGUAGCAGCUGCCUUCCGGAAGUUGUUCCGGUCGCCGGAGAAACUAGAGAACGACGGGGCUGGACCGAGCGGGUCCCCGGCCAGGCGAGGCCUGCUGCGGCGACACAGAGACGGCGUCAGCCCAGCAGAAGCAGCAGCGAGCCUCCCCGCCAGCCCGGGCGCGACGGGCGGCAAGAAGAAGGCGGCGGGCGCCAACGAGGUGCGCGAGCGCGCCGCCGCCGUGCGCACGCGCCGCCUCAUGAAGGAGCUCAAGGAGAUCCAGCGGUUGCAGGACAGCCGGCCUGAACCUAUAUUCACAGUGGAACUAGUAAACGACAACCUCUUCGAGUGGCACGUGCGCUUGCACCAGAUCGACCCCGAGAGCGAGCUGGCCGGCGACCUGCGCGAGCUGCACAUCCCGCAUAUCCUGCUGCACCUCAUAUUCCCGGAGAACUUCCCCUUCGCGCCGCCCUUCAUGCGGGUCAUCGAGCCCAGGAUAGAGAAGGGCUUUGUCAUGGAAGGAGGAGCAAUCUGUAUGGAACUGCUAACACCGCGAGGCUGGGCGUCCGCGUACACGGUAGAAGCAGUGGUGAUGCAGUUCGCAGCGUCCGUUGUCAAGGGCCAGGGACGGGUUGCGCGGGCGCCGCCGCGGCCAUCGCGCGAGUUCUCGCGGCGGCGCGCCGAGGAAGCCUUCCGGUCGCUCGUCAAAACGCACGACAAAUACGGCUGGGUCACGCCGGCGCUGUCGGAUGGUUGAGUCAAAGUUCGACGUGUUCAACUGAAAUGCAGUAUGGAUCUCUUUUAGUUUUAUUUUAGUCGUAAUUACUUACUAGUGCAAAUUUUGAUAAAUAAUGCUCCGCUCUGUGUAAUUAGUUCAAUAUUACAAUUCGCAUAAAUGGAUGGUAAUUAAUUAAGAGUGAUUAUUUGAAUUGAUAACUUUUAAAAUGUAUUUGUUUGUAGUUUUCCGACUGUGAGUGGGAUGUUGCAAUUUAGUUGAUAGAAACAAAAAAGUCUAACAUGAGUAGGUCUGUAUGCCAAGUUUCAAGUUUGAAGCAAUAGCACCCCAUGAUAAUAAGAUUUGAAUGUUCUAACGUACAAAUAUGUAUUUAUAAAUAUUUCUUAUAUGCAACCAUACAAUAGCAUGUAAUAUUUUUACAAUGAUAUCACAGUUAGGACUUAUUUUGAAUACUCCUUUGAUCGAUUGGCUUCGUGUACCCAACGUAUUUUUCUAUCGGACAUUAAACCUGGGACAAACUUUUCAUGACGCUACCCACUACGCCACUGAGCAAUGUAGGUAGGUACUCUCAUCUUACUUUUCUGAGAGCCUUGUUUAAUCAAAGUUAAGGUGUAGGUGACAAGGAUCUCCCCUUUGAAUCUUCUUUACUAAUCUUGGUAGGUAUUUCAGAUACGAUGUUAUCACUAUAUCAAGCGUGUGUGCCAAAAAAAUUGUGUAAUGCUCAGUUAUUAUUUUAAUAUUCACCAUAAAUAACUUAUUGUAAAUAGAAACAUUAAUUUCCGAAAUACGCUCAAUACCAACAUCAAUAUUAAUACUUAAUGUGUCUUUAAUGUAUAAAGAAAAAUUCCGCCAAUUUUAAGAGAAAACAAAUGCUCUUUUUUGAUGUUAAUGGUUUACUAAAGCUAAUUUCAAAAUAAAUAAGUAUGUAAUUAAAUGUAUACUUACAAAAAUAUCGUAUUUAGAUACGACAAUACAAAUCUGUUUCUACGUGUAUAAAUAAAAAUAUUUUAAACUUUUUAAAAUUGAAGCUCCAUAUUUUUUUGCAGAUUGAAGCUUACGAUUGAAAGUAAAUGUUUCCGUCCCAAAGUCAUUUAAUCAUUUUUGAUAUUAUAGAUAAAUUUAGUAGUAUUUUAAAGUUCAACCAAACAAUUUACUGUAAAAGCAGAUUGAAAAUUCGUAUUUUAAACUCCUUUUUUAAUGAACCACCUGAAUCAUUCAUACUUGAUAACACAUGCUAUAAAUUGCAUGCUUUAUUAUCUGAAUAAUUAGUAGUAAAGUCAAAUUAUUACCUAACUACAGUGUGUUUCCAUGAGUAGAAAUCGCUCAAAUUUGUGGAUAUUUUUCUUAAAAUGUAAAAUUAAAGGCUUGUGGUAUUAUAAAAGUGUAAAGUAAAUAUAACAUUUUAUGUAUAGACUUACUUUAGGAAAUGGAUGUUGUUAAUUUGUUUGGUGAACCAAAGAUGUUUAUUUUGUAUAAGUAAAAUUCAUCCAGUGCAAGAUAUGAAUUUAUAAGUGGAUUCUAUGUACAACGUUAUUAUGGGUGUAAUAAAUAAAUUACCUGCAAUGA